CAGUCAGAAAUGUGUUUGAAAAGGGGGAAAGAGUGAAAUGAUUUUUCAAAACAUGUCUUUGUGGGAAAAGACCCCUAGGAACUGGCCAAAGACUUAUACUUCCCCCACCCCAUCCAACUUUUCUUCUUUUUCUAUUAUAAAAGGUGCAAAUAAAACCGCUGAGCAGAAAAGAUCAGCAAAAUUGUAGACACUGAGCGCCCCCUUCCGCCUCACUGCUGUCACCCGAAUUCCUGGGUCUCUGCAAACGCAUUGGCCCAAAUGAUCCCACCCAUUUCUCCUGGACCCUCCCUCUCCCUAUCAUUGGCUAGCCGCUUUCUUCGGAGGAAUUUAAAAAGGAGAAAUAAGGUUCGUAGGCUCAGGAAGCCAGAAGACUGCCGGACGCACCUGCUCUCCCGCUGUCAUGCCGAUCUUCCGAGCUAUGGCUUCUUUCGUCCUCCUGCUCUUCUUUCUCCAAAUCAACCUUCCCUUCGGGCGAAGCUGGCAAAUGCUUAAAAACGAUGCGGCGGAGUUCAUCCCAGAUUUUCUGGACAAAACCUUUGGGGCAGCGGAGCAGCCAGUGCAAGCGGCGUUUGCGUACAACGAGACUGAAAUCACGAGCAACCGAGCCAAUCAAGGGCGGAGGAAUUCCCAGGUCUCUUCGGGAAGGAUGGAACCCCUGCAGUUUGGCUGCCGUGAAGUCUAUUCCACCCGCUAUGUUACCAGUGGUCCUUGCCGCAGCACCAAGCCAGUUAAGGAGCUUGUAUGUUCUGGCCAAUGCUUGCCAACUCAUCUCCUCCCCAAUUCAAUUGGUAAGGGGAAAUGGUGGAGGCAGCAUGCCAUGGAUUACCGCUGCAUCCCGGCACAAGGUCAAUUCCAACGUAUCCAGUUAACCUGCCCUGGUGAGGAUAUUCAGUUUAUCAAGGCCAGAAUCAUCACCUCCUGCAAAUGCAAGAGGUACACUCGCUACCACAAUCGUUCUCAGCUCAAGGACUUCAGCAAGGAGACCACCCGUCCUCAGAGAAACAAAAAACCUCGGGUCCCCAGGGCCAGGGGCAGCAAGACCAACCAGGUGGAGCUGGAGAAUUCCUUCUAGAUGGAGGCUGUUGGUGAGACCUCAGCCCAGAAGAGUAGAGAUUUUUGCCUCACCCACCCUCUCUUUUUGAUGGCACUGGGAUCAAAAUGGGACUGAGCGAAGGGAGGGCCAUGGCCAUCAUGGCUGCUCUCCCAACCAGAGGUUCAAAAUUGGUGUGGCUGAAAGCUAUCAGAUUUGGAUGAGAGCUCCAAGGGGGAGGGGAGAAUUCAAAUUGAGCAAGUGGUAGCAGUUCUCAGUCUGAGAGAGGAGUGGCUCAGAGAUCAGAGAGGGUUGCAUUGUCUCUAACAUUGAAGGGGGAGGCAAGCUCUGUGCACUACUACUUUUUUUCAAGACUUCUUCGUCCUUCCUUAAUGGACAAAGAAUUAGCAUCUCUCUAGCAAAAUGGCCAGGUGUUUGUGCAGAAUAAUCCAAACUUUCCAGAUCACUGUCUUUAAAACAGAUUUACCCAAUGAGGUGUCUUCCAGUCAUGUUGGGACUACAUCUCCCAGAAUUUCUUUUCUGAAGUUGCUGGUAUCAUGGUAUCUACCAUCUACAGGGUGAAAUGGGGAGUUUUAAUACUUUGCCACCCUGGCCCUUUACUUCUUUCUGCAGCUGUUUAUGAUGGAUGGUUUCCUAUUGUGGUGCAGCAUUGCCUGAACUAUAACAUUUGUUAUUUAAAAAUGAAACAUGGAGAAGUCCCAUCACAAUGUACACAUAGUGCUUGUUGUGCUGAUCUGUACAGACAACUAACUUUGCUGAGUUACAUAUAAAGGUGUGUGUGAGAGAGAGAGAGAGAAGGGGAGGGGAGAGAGAAUGAUAAUAUCAGACAUAGUUAAAGGGAGGGAACUUUCAAAGUAGUUCAAAUGGAAAAAAUAUCUGGAAAGAUUACCAUCUUUAAAUUAGCAUCAACCAUUGAUGAAAGCAGAGCAGGAUGAAGGAAGCCACGAGAAUUCUUCCUAAAAAUACUACAGAUUUAUGCUCAGUACCAUCUCUGUAUUGUGAGACAUCCAGGUAAUUCUAGACAUCAUUCCUGAAUCUAAAGCUGGAUAUGUGCAAAUUUCAACAUGGGUGGGUGGGGUGGGUAGGAUGGGACAUAAAGGCUUUAAUACAAUUUCAGGCUUUAAUGUGAGACAAAGCUAAGCUAUGGUGGACCUCAGAAGUGGGCCUGAAGCAUGCACAAAAUGGUUGUGGGGAAGACAAGCAACUCCAAAAUUAAGUUGAUGUUGUUAAAAUUUAAAAAAUCUCUUUUUCUGUAUACCAAUCCUUGACUCUAUUCAACUGUGGGGAAUGUAAAUUGCUCAAAACAUUCCAUGAAUUUAUAACUAAGUUCCAGUAAUGGUCACUGUAUUAUUCAUCCUUUUCUAAAUGCCCUACAGCUCUUGCAGACAGAGAUGUGAUCAUUAUUUACUUGUUGGGAUUGUGUCCUAAGAAACACUGUCUUUGUGUACCAGGUUCAGUGCACUAUUUUGGGGUUAAAUUAUAUAGCAAAAUGUCUUCCUUUUCAUUCUAUAUAGGUUGGAAUAUGAUUUCAUCAGCCAUGUUCCGUCUGGUGACGAGAACUGUAGUCCAACACAUAUAAUAUGCACCAAAUUGGGGAAAGAUGAACUUUGAACAGGUGUAUACUAUUUUUGGCAUUUCAAAUAUUAUGAAUUACAACUUCAAACAUUUCUUACCAUAGGUCAUGUCUUCUCUGGAUGCUGGGAGUUGUAGUUCAGCAACAUCUGGAAGCCACAGGUGACUUAAGCCUGAUUUAAACAACCUUCUCUUCCCAUUCCUUUACUUAGUGUAGCCUAUAAGCUUUCGAGCUUAUGCUAUUGGGAAAACCACCACCAGUCUUUGGGUGGCACAGAUGUUGCUAAAUAUUGCCAAGCUGCAAAUUAUAAUAACAGUACAACAUUCCAGAUCUGACUCCACCUCUUCCCAAUUGCUAGACUCAUAAGAUGCACAGCCUUUUCUUCAACCUGAAUAGAUGUUGUUUGCAGUGGAAGACGUGGCAGUGAAAAAGUUGACUUCCCUAAGAUUUAAAUAACAUCUUUAUUUAUUUCCUCGUAAAAAAACUAUUUAUGUUCUUUGACUCUCUUGUAGCCAACUGGGCAAUCCUGUUCCUUGAUAUUUAAUCUGAGGUUUCAGAGUUAUGCAGAUAUAUUUCUAAAAAUAAUCAAUAAAAUUACGUUCAUCAAAAAA